GAUUUUUUGCUGUUGAAAAUAAUGGAGCAGAGAGUUUGUAUUAAUUUUUGUGUAAAAAAUGGUAUUAAGUGUUCAAAAACUCUUGAAAUGUUGACAGUGGCGUACGGUGAAUCAACUUUGAGCAAAAAAAAUGUUUAUAAAUGGUAUAAGUUAUUCCAAGAGGGCCUAGAAAAUGUUAACGAUGAACCUCGCUCUGGACGCCCCAGCACGUCAAAAACCGACGAAAAUGUUCAGGAAGUGAAAGAAAUUGUGUUGAAAAAUCGUCGAAUCACGAUUAGAGAAAUAGCUGAUGAUCUUAACAUAUCGUUCGGCUCAUGCCAAUCAAUUUUAACGGAUGUUUUGGGUAUGACACGUGUGUCAGCGAAAUUCGUUCCAAAACUUAAUUUUGAUCAGAAGCAGCGUCGCAUGAACAUCGGCCAAGACAUGUUGAACGACGUCAAUGAUGAUCCUGAUCUGCUCAAAAGGGUUAUAACUGGUGACGAAACAUGGGUAUAUGGUUAUGACGUCGAAGGACGACGAUUUGCGACGAUUGAGGAGAUUAAGGCUGCAUCGCUGGAGGAGCUCAAGGCAAUACCCAAAAGUGCAUUUCAGAAAUGUUUUGACGACUGGAAAAAGCGCUGGCACAAGUGCAUUGUAUCAGAGGGGGAUUAUUUUGAAGGGGAUAACAUAAUUUUGCAUGAAUAA